AUGGCCACGACCGCCCUCCGGCCGCGCGGGAUGUCCCUGAAGGCCUUCCUCAAGGCCUCGCACUUCUCGCUGGGGCCUGACCCGCGGCUGCACCAGGGCGCCAUGCACAGCAGGUCUCACCAGGACUACCCCGCCUACCCUACCGCCAACCCGGAGCAGCCGAGCGCGCCGCCGCCGCGCGUGCCGCUCUCCCAACAGGACUCGCGCUGGGCGUCCGAGUCGCUUGUGUCCGAGGCGCACCGCGCGUUCACGCCGCCGACUCAGGAGGUGCGGGAGUUCGCGCGCAGGCACACGCUCGCCAUGCAGGCCAGCAAUGUGCGCUUGGAGGCGGACGCGCGCACCGGCCUCGGCUUCUCCCUCGCGCGCGCCGUCUACGGCUGGCCCGAGCUGCCGCCGCGCUCCCUGGAGCAGAUCCGCGGCGCGCGCCUCAUCUUCGACCGCGACUCGCUCCCACCGGGCGACAGGGACAAGCUACGCAUCCCAUCCACCACGCACCAAGCUCACUUUCCGCCUUAUGACGCGUGCCCGCCGCCCCGCGCGCCGAGCACCCACCUGGGGGGGCCCAACACACUCAGGUGGAACUACAGAGGAAAGCAAGAGACCUCUUACCUGCAUCAGUUCCAGGCCCUUCCAGGCCCACCUGCCUUGAUGUGUAAGAGGGCCUGCUCCUCUGUGCACCUGGGAGACUGCAAGAUUGAGUAUGGAGCCAUGUGCUCAGAGCUGAAACAGACCCACACACCGCAGAGGCUGCUCCCAGACAGGUAUGACAAGGCCCAGGCUGCCACCCGAAUCCACUAUGUGAACAUCCGUCCUGGAGAUGGUGUCUUUCACAACAGGACCACCGUGACCGAACAUUUCUACCCUAAGAAGCCAGAGCCAUUUGUUCUCCACCACGAUCAGACCCCAGAGUCGCACAUCCUGAAAGGAAACUGGUGUCCCGGUCCAGGCAGCCUUGACACUUCCAGGCAGUAUUUCUAUGGCAAGCCGCCACCUGUGACCCAGCCACCCAGCCGCCACGUGGCUCAUGAGAAACUGCAGAGUCACAUUACCCUAGGAGAGGCAAAGCUGCUCGGACACUUCUUCCGGACCACCAUGGGCUCGGACUACUGCCCUUUAGACGUGGGGCAACCUCAGAAAGCACUCAACCUCCACUUGGCCUCCGGCAACCUGCCGCAGGGCACCGGCGAUCUAGAUUUUUUAACCACGAACCAGAAGAUGCUGAAGCCGCACGGAGCGACUCGAGCCUCCAUGACUCCAGAGUUGCUGUGGCGGUGCAAGUACAGCCACGUGGAGCCCCCACUGGGUGGACAAUGCUUCUUCUCAACCCACUACCAGGACGAGUUUCCUUUCAAGUACCAAGAGCCAGCAGUACUGAGAGUGAGAAAUGCCCAGGAGAGCCAUUUGCCUCUUGGGACGCUUCGCCAGUGGGGCUGUGGGGGCGGGAAGGUAGACCUUUGGGCACCCCAGGCCCCUUUGUACCCAUGCCCCAGCAAGCAAUAA